AUGGAGGGCGCCGCCGCCCGCCGCGGCAAGGCCACCGGCCCGACGAGGGCCCUCGCCCUGGCCGUGGGGCUGGCGGCGCUGGCCGCGCUGGCGCCGCAGAGGGCCAUGCUGCAGCACACCGACGUGGAAGGUGGUGGUGAGCUGAGGAUGGCGCGCAAGAGGGCGGCUCUACGGGCGGUCCUCGGCUUCUACGCGGAGUACGCGGGAGCGCAGUUGGCGGGCAGCCAGUACGACACGAAUGCCAUCGGGGAGGCUUGGGGAGGUGCUGCCAUGGGUCACUGGGUGGAUCGGCCCAGUGCCGCGGACAGAGCCGAGCGCUUGGAAGACGAGUUGAAGGCCAUGCGCAUCGGGCGGCGGUCCGCCUCGCACCCGCGGCGGCUGGCGAUGCAGGAGCGGCGCCUCGCGAGGCAGCAGGAGCUCGACUCGCGCCCGCCCCGGCACGAGAACGCCAUGCUCCACUGGGCCCGCCCCAUCGAGGACCGACCCCGAGUAUUUGGAAAACGAGCUCGCGGCCAUGACGGUGGGGGGCCUCGGCAUCGACGCGGAGCCGCGCAGGGCGAUGCUCCGCAAGCGGAUGGCGGCGAGGAGCGCGUGAGGCGCACCCGGUCCGGGCGAGGGGUGCGGACGAGCCGGAUAUUCUGCGCUCGCGCCCCUGGCUCGCCGUUGCGAGGCAGCAGGGGAGGAAGAGGAGGCUGUUCUUGGCUCGUGGAGAUCUGUUUGGAUACUCCUGGGCCCCCCUGGCCAGGGUGGCCGAACAACCAGGCACCCGGGCCUUUUUUUGUCGCCAAACAUGCGCCGAGCACCACCCGCCCUGCGCCGACCGCGUGCGGGCAGCUCGCCGAGGGGGCCGCCCGGCCCCCGCGCAGGAGAAGCGGGCGAGGCAUCUGGGGAAAGACUCGGCGGGCGGUUUCUAUCAGCCAGGCCCCCACAGGGGAGAAGGGGCGUCCAGGGCUUGGAUCCCUGCGGCUCACCGCGCGGCCCCCGGGGUGCCUCGGAUGGCAGAGAUCAGGAGGAGGAGGAGGAGAAUCGCCACCCUCGCCAGUGGCGCUCGCGGCGGCAGGAAUUCGAUUAAGGCAGGCUGCAGCCGGCAUCCGUUUCAAGGCUGCUGCGCGCGCCGACGUCGAAGGAAGAGAUGCCUCCACGGGAGGAUGA